GGUAUGACAUCACUUCCGCCGCAGGUCUAUUCUGAAGCGAACCGUGGGAGAUGCUGAUUCUGAGACCGUGAUGCUCGGUCGCGCUAUGGCGUAAUCUCCGUCGUAGCCCGUGCGGAGCCGAGCGGACUUUGAUGACAGCAGUGAGCCGGCGGAGAGGCUGAAAGGCAGUUUACGGUGACUGCGCUCCCGAACAGUCGUGCCCGGCUGCGGCGCUCCGGCAUGCGGGGUACCGCUCCACAGCCCGAUUCGCUGUUUCUCCGUCCCUCCGUCCGCUCUCUUCCACCCUGAGACGCGGAGACCUGCACCUGUAGCUGGCAAACUGUCCAUUUUACCGGCUGCCAAACUGCAAAUGUAGAGGGGAGAGCCGAAUGGACAAUCCCAGGAGCAGGUAAUUUAAAUGCCGGGAUCUGCCUUGUAAGAGGGUGAUCGAGGCCAGUCGGAGCGGCGCACCUCUUUAUCCCGCCCGGAUGAAAGCACUCGAAGCACCCUGCACUGGGAUUCGCCGGGAAAUCGAGCCGACGCCCGGUGGCAUUGCGAUCGCCACGCCCGUGGAAGAGCUCCGCACCGGCGUGCGGUUGGAGGCCCGGCGGCCUGGGAGAAGCCGGGCGGUGAUGGAUCCUUUUAAAGUCAAAGACGGCAUCCUGGAAAACAUUUCUCUCUCCGUGAAGAAGCUGCAGAGCUACUUCGCGGCUUGUGAGGACGAAGCUCCAGCGAUCAGGAACCACGACCGCGUGCUGCAGCGCCUUUGCGAGCACCUGGACCACGCCUUGCUUUAUGGCUUGCAGGACAUUUCGCUCGGCUACUGGGUCUUGGUUGUCCAUUUCACCCGCAAAGAGGCGGUUCAGCAGAUAGAGGAGCUCCAGAACAUCGCCACCAACCUCGGACGCAGUCGUGCCUGGCUGUACCUGGCUCUCAGCGAGAGCUCCCUGGAGAGCUACCUCCGACUCUUCCAGGAGAACCAGGCCCUGCUUCACAAGUACUACUUUAAGAAUGCCUUGGUCUGCAGUCACGACCACCUGACCCUCUUCCUCACACUAGUCUCAGGUCUAGAGUUUAUCCGAUUUGACCUGGAGCUGGAUGCACCCUACCUGGAUGUGGCUGCCUACAUGCCUGACUACUACAAGCCCCAGAACCUCCUGGACUUUGAGGAGCGCCUGCCCGGCACGGACAGCUUGUCUCUGCACUCCUUCAACUCCACCAAUCUGGAAUGGGAAGACAGCGCCAUUGCCCCUUCUACUGAUGAUGAAGAAGUGGUCGACCCAGUCCUCUGUCCCAGCUCUGUGGCCUCUGACCCCCAGGGCAUCGUCGCAGCGGCAGCAGAGUUGAGGGUGGAGGAGCUGAAAGUGCCGGAGGGCCCCACCCCACCCAGCCCUGCGGUUCGGCGCAAACCGCUGGACGAAGACUCAGACGCUAACCCCUCAGCUGAUGACAGUCCCAUACGCCGAGCGGACCGGCGUGAUUCCACCAACGGCGACGACACAGAGAGCACCGGCACAGAGCUGGAGGUUAUACGGAUGGCCCGACGCAAGAAGCCAUGGAAAAGGCGGCGAGGAAAAGGAGCUCCGGAAGCUGGAGACAGGGAGAGCAGCACCUCCCUCCUGGACAGAGUGCCCUCCCCCGCAGUCUCCGAGCCCAGUCCUGAAGGCCAUCCUGCUAGAGUAGGGACGGCGUUACCCCCAAGGCCUCGCUGCCCAGAGGCCAAGGCUGUGAGGACGCGGGGGGACGAUGAGGAGGAAGAGGGAAUGCUCAGGCUCCCGGAGAUGACGGACACCUCCAUGGAUAGUGUUGGCCUGCCUCUGAAGGAGGUCAUGGACAAGUUGAAUGGCGCUCUGGAUGGCCAGGCCUGGGAUCCUGAUGCUGCGGAGGGGGGCGCUAGGGGCUCCAGCAUCGAGCCACAGCCGCCUGAGCAGCAGCCCUUUCGGGGGGACCCAGAAGGCAAGCCCCCUGACCCUGCCGGUCGCUCACCGCUGUCACCCCAGUCCUGUGCUCUGGCCUCGGACACCAACCUCCUACAGACCCCAAGGUCCCCUGCGGACCUCUUCGUCUUUGCCUCACACAGUCCAGACCCUGCUCCCCAGGGUGGUGGCUACCAUGACCCUGCAGGGUAUGGCCAGCAGAAGGCUUUUUUUGGUGGCCAUGAAGGUGAGGGACAAGGAGAGGCGCCGACAGGGCCGGAUACCCGCAGCCCCUUAGCGGGGCACGAGGACGUAGGGACGACGGAGGUGCCGACAGUGGACGGCUCCCUGGAAGGCGAGGAGGAAGCGGAAAGGGCCUUUUCUGCAGGAAGCACCCAUCCUGCUGAAUUCAGGGUCGACAACAACCACCUGCUGCUGCUCAUGAUCCACGUCUUCCGGGAGGCCGAGGAGCAGCUCGUGAAGAUGAUGAGGAUGAGCACUGGCCACAUGGAGGGUGACCUGCAGCCACUGUACCUUCUCCUCACUGACUGCUGCAUCUACCUCCUCCGCAAAGGGGCCUCAGAGAAGCCUUACAUGGUGGAAGACGCCAUAUCCUACAGCGAGCUCGACUAUAUCUCUGUGGGCGUGGACCAGCAGACGGUCACGCUGGUGUGCAUCAACCGCAGGAAGCAGUUCUUGCUGGACACGGCGGACGUGUCCCUGACCACCUGGUUCCUAGAUGUGCUGAAGUCUGCCAUGGGGAAAGGGCUCCGACAGCCCCCCUACCCCGCCAUCCUGACGGAUGCCACCAGGGAGAAGCUCUCACUCGCCAAAUUUGUGUCCCAGGAGUGUAAUUGUGAGCCAUCCAACGCCUGCAUUCUGCUGUACUCCCUGAUUCACUGGGAGGACCCGCUGGAUGCUAACGCUGAGGUCCACGCAGCCCCGGGUGGGCCCUCCAAGUCCAGCAGCACCAAAGAGGGCCACCUGCUGUACCGGGCCGGGACCACCUACAUGGGCAAAGAGCUGUGGAAGAGCUGCUACCUGCUUUUCAGCAAUGGCAUCCUGUAUCAGUACCCAGACAGGACAGACGUGACCCCAAUGUUGUCGGUAGCAGUGGGGGGUGCACAGUGCAUGGGCUGUCGGCGCUCGAACUCCACCGAGCGUCCACACACCUUCCAAGUGAUCCUGACAGAGCGCCCCCCGCUGGAGCUCAGUGCCGACAGCGAGCAGGACAUGACAGACUGGAUGCGGGUGCUCUGCCAAUCGGUGUCCGAAGGGGUGAUCCCUCCAGGAAUGACUCCCACGCCCUGUAUUCCAUGUUGCCUUGUGCUGACUGACAGGAAGUUGCUAACAUGUCAUCAGGAUUGUCAGACUGGCUUCUUCCGGUUGCUUGGAGAAGCCGACCUGGGUGACAUCACAAACAUUUCUUUGGAGAGGGACAAAGAAUACUGCAUAAUUGAGUUUGCUGAGAACUCCACUCAGUUGCAGCCUCCCUGGGUUCUGUACUUCAGCAGCUGCAAAGAGAGGGAUCGGCUGCAGGGGGCGCUGGAGAGCACAUGGCAGGAACUCUUCCAGGUGUGUCUGCCACAGAGGUGCGUCGCUGACCCGUCCCUGCAGAAGCGGUGUGGCGAGGCGCUGAUGCUGAUCAGGAGCACCUGGCAGCGCAGCGACAGUCUGCAUAGGGGUCGAGCACAGAGGGAACCUUGGUGCUGAGCUGGAGGCUGUGCUGGAAGAUCUAGAGAGUGCUGCGUUUGAUCUGGGAGAAGCUCGAUUGUGCAGGACUGGACCAUGGGCAGGGGGUUCUACGGAUCCAGGGGUGACCGACACCGUUUGAAAUUUCAGCUGAUUUACAUCCAGGACGCUAUUCAGUGACCUUCCUGCAUUCAAAUGAUGGUGUAAAUGAAACAAUGAAAGGGUCAAGGCAUUAAGAUCACAUGCAUUGAGGAAACUGAGCCCUACACUAACGUACUGUAAGAAAAGCUAACUAUAGAUGGAUACGGAGAGACAUUUUUGGUCGGCGUUUACCUGAAUAAUAAUUAUGACGCUUUAUUGAUUUCCGUGGGGAAAUUGUCUUUCUGCCUACCCCAUCUUGUUCUCUGUGACACACAGACAUACCUACAGGUGAGAGCGAGCUUGGCAGCGAAGGGCAGCCACUUGCAGUGGUGCCCAUGGAGCUGGGGGUUAAGGACCUUACUCAAGGGCGCAAACCGGCGACCUUCCAGUCAUAGGCACAGAGACUUAGCUUACUGGGCAACAUGAGGCCCCCAGUGCUCAAGGAACACAGGUAAUUUGCAUCCGGGAUCAUCUCAGUUAUCUUGAGUUGACUAAUGUUUAGUUAAAUUCCUCUGAGAAACUUGACUAGUUCUUUUUUUGCACUAACCUCAGAAAAUGAGGUAUCUCUGGCUAGGAUUGCCUUUCUGCUGGGGAAUUACUAUCCAUACUACUAAAUAGCGAGCCUCCAAUGCCGAACGUGUUUCUUUUGGUCUGAUACUAAUGUCAAGACGCAUUAGUAUUAGCGUAAGAGCAAGCGCCCUGCAGCAGAUGAUUAACAGUCUGUCAGCGCUUCGCCCGUCCUUAAACAGGCCUGGAAGAUGUAACCCAGCCUGUAGCAUUUUAAUUAGUGUAAGACCUUGUUUACAUGCAACCUUUCCGAGGUCCGCCGUCAGCUCUGAGUAGACGUGGUGUUUGACAGCAAGGAAUCAUUUCUUACUGAGGUGUAAAGGGUCUCCGCUGUGAAGGCAGUGCAGUCAAAAUCCGAAAGCGUUUCUGUAGACGGGACACUUUCAGGGUCACUGUCUUGGUGAACACGAUACACAGUGUUUUCCAGUUUCAUUCUGUUUAAAUGUUAUCUGAAUGUCUCUAACUGGAUUAUUAUAUUGAGCCUUGGAAACCUCAGUACACAUUGGCAAGUGCAUGCUGCUCUUAUACUGAUGUGUGUAAAUAUGUUCAUGCCUGUACUAAUCUGGUAAUAAAAGACGGCAAAUUACCAUUCAACAUUU